AUAAAUUGUUUCUCAGUGAAUAUUCAAGUACGAUUCGACACUAUUAGCACAUGGCAACCCAAGUAGGAAGGGUAUUGCUGAUCACGGUAAAUGUUGGAUCAUUAUUCGAACAGGAUCGCCGUCUACAAGACGCUUGGUUACGAACUUUCACGAAGCGGAUUAACGAUGAGAUGGCUGAGAUAGUGGUCAUUCAUAUGCAAGAAACCGGAGGAAAACAGUUGGUCAUUCCUUUUACGCGGAAUGUGCUUGGCAAGUUCCAAAACUUAUCGAUGAAUUAGCAACUCGGGUGCCUAUGUACCCCACAGUUCAAGCAUAUCUGGAUCUGGACCAUACGGGACCCAAUUUCACAGCUUUGGGGAAUGUCAUCCUCGUUAAGUCCAGCUGCAUCGGUUCGAUGUCACAAUACAAUUUCAAAACAUGCUCGUAUUCACCUGUUGUGAAGGGCACCACUAUAGUUGGUUGGACCGAUGAGUUGGACAGCUCUCCGCUGAUCAUAAAAAAGAAAUUCCCGAAGGAUUUCUGGCCUACAUUUAAAUGGGGACGAAAAGGAUACAUGCAAACACGUUGGAGGUUGAACAACAUAGUGCUAGACUUUGUCAACGUUCACCUUUUCCAUGACGAGUCCAACUUAGCAUUAAUUCACGAGAACCCAUUCUUAUAUAGUACAAAUCGUAAAAGAGCACUCAAUUAUGUGUUGGAACAGCUUUCUUCUUCCGGAACAUGGACCUCCUCCCAUUGUUUCGUUUUCGGAGACUUCAAUUUCCGUCUCGAUUCGACCUCAUUCUUGAAUCGCUUGACAGAAAAAGCUUCGGCUCAUCCACUGGAGGAACCACAUGGAUCGGUUGCAGAUGGUCUUCUAUGCGAAAAUAGUACAACCACGACGGAAACACUGCGACGAACUGUGUCAGCCAUAGAAUUUCGACGCGCAUCGUUAAGCGAUAUCAGAGCAGGAUGCGUCCUUCGGAUUGAAAAGAAGCGAUUUGACUAUUUCAAUCAGAAGAAAUUACUUGAUGACUGGAAGUCGUAUUUGGAAGACGAUCGGGAACCUAGCAAGUUCACUCAGUUGCACGAACUCCCGAUUAAUUUUCCCCCGACCUACCCUUGGAGUGAGGAUCCAGAUGAGUCGGAAGUGAUGAUGAAAACGAGAGCUCCUGCUUGGUGCGAUCGUGUGCUGAUGAACGACAGUGCCUUUGAGCUUGUGAAGAAAGGGAGUCCAACCUAUUCAUCCUUUGGAAGGGAUGUUUGCACGGGAGAUCAUAAGCCUGUUGCCCUAGCUUUUUCGCUCAUUCCGAUGUGCCACAUUUCAUCUUGGCAACUAACUCUAUUUGCUCUGUGAUUGGUCGUAACAAUGUGCAAAGCUAAAGGUUGUCCUGGAAAGUUGGUUUCCUGAUGUGUAGCUUCUUCCAUCUGGUUGUACCGUAGAUGUCGAUUAAAUCUAGUCAGCUCCCAUUUCAUGAUAUCGUUUACUGAA